AAAAGCCCCCACACAAAAUGUGGAAGUGGAUAAUCAAUAUCAUAUUAUUAUCAGUGGUGCAAGCCAGCAAAAAAGUCGAUGGACAAAUAUCUCCAAGAACAACUUCCCAAAAAAUACUUCAACCGUAUCCGUGUAACUCCCCACAUCCACUAACCCAAUUUUCCCAAAAGUAUCCAAACUCAGGAUACCUUUGUUAUCCUCAAAAUGAAAUUAAUAAAUACCUAUGGUACCCACCGUGGAGCCAAUGGGUAGGAUAUCAAGGAUAUCAAACAGGAAAUGGAUUAUAUGCACAACUUUCGACGGGAUCUCAGAUUUCAUCCUUCCACCAUCCCAACUUUCAAAUUCCUUUUGUUCAACUUCUCACUUUACCCGCCCCACCAAGCUUAAUCCCACCUGCCUCUCCCAUUCCUUCCCACCAAUAUCCAGGAUUAUUUGCGCCACCAUCUUUCGCCCAAUUUCCAGGAUUACUGGGAUCAACGGGCUCGGGUCCAUCGGGAAUACCAAAUCUUCCCGGGACAAAUGCCUCUCCAGGUUGGAGUUCACCUGGAUCUUCGAUUCCUUCCUACCAACUGCCAGGAAUACAACAGCAACCAGGCUCAAGUCCAGUAGAAUAUCCACAUGCUCCUAUCAAACCUCCAAGUUCCGCCCCGGCAGGUUGGAGCUCACCAGGAUCACCUAUUCCUCCCCCUUCACUACCAGGACUACCGGGAACACCAGAUCAGAAUCCAUGGGGAUCUGCUGAUCGUCCCGCCCAUCCUCCGGCAUCGCCCAUACAACCAGGUUGGAGUCCACCAGGAUCAUCUUUUCCUCCCUCUCCCCAAUCAGGACCACCGGGACCACCAAAUUGGAAUCAAUUGGAGUCUGCCAAUCGUCCUGUCUAUCCUCCGGAAAUGCCCAUACCUCCAGUUUGGAAUUCGCGUAGAUCUUCGAAUCCUUCCGCCCAACUUCCACCAUUACAAGAGGCACCCUUGGGAUCUCUUGGACCCUCCCAACUACCUCCAGGGCUACCAGCGCCACCUAGCUGGAGUUCAUUGGAAUCUUCAAAUCCUCUUGUCCAACGUCCAGAAUUAAUGGCACCACCAAGUUUGAGUCCAUCUGGAUCUUCGAAUUCUGUCCUUCAGCCCUUGCCCGCAAAACCAAAUUGGCGUUCAUCGGGAUCCCCGAAUUCGCCUCUUUACCCUCCAGGAUUACCCGCACCACCAAGUGAGAGUAUACCUGAUAUCUCCCCAAAUCAGAAAACACGAUCCGCCGGAUCACCGCCAUAGGUGAAUACAAACAAUCUAGAGGUAGAAAACAACUGUGCCACCAAUGAAAAACAGCUAUUGAGUUAAGUAACAAAAUAGCAACAAGCAAAAAUAUGUAUUUAAAAAUAUAUGUGGCAUUAAAAAAAAUAUAAAAAAAGAAACUGUUUUUACGCUUCAUAGCUAGGAAUGAAACUAUACUAAUUAUAUAAUCUUUCGAAAACCGCGCACUCCAUUUCAAGCUUUUUAUUAAACUUAUUUGCAAAGUUUGUCGGACU